AUGAAAUAUUUUAUUUUACUUUCAAUUGGUCUGGUAGCAGGAAUAACAGCUCAACAACAAUCUGGAAAUACUCAGCCAGAUUCUCAGUCAAUAUUUCCACCUUUUUUGGCCAAUGCACCUGAUAAUAUCAAGAAUCAAUAUCUCGCUGUGAUAAAAGAUGCUGAUUCAAAAACUAGUAAACAAAUUGAAGAUGAUUUAGACAAGUUAAUGCGUACACUUGGUGGAACCUACCUAAGUGAACAUGAGAAACUUAAAAAAGCUGCAGAGGAGGCAAAAGCCAACUAUGAGAAAAUUCGUCAAACAGUAGUGGCGAAAUUGUCACCAGCAGCAAGAGAAGCUGACGCUAAGAUGGCUGCUAUUGACAACAAUGAGAAGUUAACCAAUCGCGCAAAAGCGCAGCAAAUCGAAGCCAUCAUGAAAUCAUUGAGCGCAGGAGUUCGAGACGAAAUCAUUCGAGCAUUCCAAAACACUAAUUAA